UAUGUUGAUCAUUGUUGACGGUACCAAAACAAUUUAUUUUUGUUCACCGCUGUAAGCGAACAAAUUGUGAGUGUUUCAAAUUUCAUAGAAUAAGGACAGAAAGCUUUUUACGGUUUAAUAUAUUGUUUAUAGCAUGUUCAAUAUGAAUUUAGAAGAUUCAAAAAAGUUCGAAAGACUCUCCUCUUCAGACAAAAUCGAUACCCCACUGUAUAAAAAGAAGACGUUUGAUUUCACCGAUUAUGCCUACCGUGAGGCAGUGAACCGACUCAAGUUUCUGUUAACUGAAUCAUAUGAACCUACCAAAAUAGCCACAUCUCUGUACACUCGUGGAGUUGAUGAUAUCAAAUCAGAAGUCUCGGACAAUCAGUCGACUGCUGAAAGGCCUUCCAUCGCUGAGGUUUCAAAAUAUUUCAACCCCGGAACGGUAUCACACUAUGGUACUGGAUUAUCCGGAAUUCGAAAAUUCAGUUAUUUAAAUAGAGAUAUAGGGUCUACAAUAAAACCAGCUACCUCGAUCGCUAGUUUGCAUCCACCCCCUUCAGUUUGCAGUGUUUCCCAGAAUCCAGAUGUUUUGCAACCGCCUCCAGAGCUGCUGGGAUUUAUCGAAAAGCAAGAAAGUUACAUUGAACAGUUGGAAAAAGAAUCCCAAUAUUGUAGGGAAGAACUUUCGACGCUGCUAAAGAAAGUUAAGGAUGUAGUUUCAGAAAAUGAAGCCCUCACCGAUCAGGCACGGUCCAAGACAUUAUAUCAGCUGGAUUCAUCUGAAAGCGAUGAAUUGGACCAGGAACGGUCACGAUCGAAUAGACAGCUGUCCGGUCCGAACAUAGUAUUUGAAUCCCGCAUUAGCGAACUGGAAGCACAGCUGGCGCAAUCACAAAUUGAUCUGAAGAAAUUGUUUAACGAAAAUGAAGAAAAUAAGCGCAAACUGGCACAUGGUUCGAGCGACUCAAGCUGCGCGGAUGUUUAUCGCAAACAAGUGGAAAAUUUACAGAGAGACAAACAAAGUUUGGAGGAAACCGUUCGUAAGCUCCAGUUAACAAUCGAUCAGCUCAAAGACUCUGAGGCAAACAAUUUCAAUAAGUCACAAAGAAGUCGUGAUAUGAUUGAGCACGUUGCAUUCGAGCGGAAUCAGGCGGAAAUAGAAAUACGUAGGUUAAAGGAUGAACUGGAGCGUCAGCAUGAACGGGUUCGUGAAAUUCAACACGAAAUGACAAAACGAAUUGGGGAAGAACGAGCUAACGCCGAAAGACGCUACACCUUCCAGGUAGAUCAAUUGGGUGGAGAUUUGAGCAGCCAAUGGGAGCAAGCAACGAAACUUCAACUGGAAGUGGAACGUAUGAAACGUAUCGAGUCAGAUUAUAAACGCGAAAUCAAUCAGAAGAAUUCUCAACUAGACGAACUGAAGUUGGAACUAAAGAAUAAAAUGUCAAUCUUUAUGUCCGAUCUGAAUCAAGCUAGUGCGGAAAAACAAUCUUUAGAGCAAGAGAUAACAUCGUUGAGAUUGCAACUAGAACGAACGGAGCGCCAAUCAAAGGUAGAAGUUUCUCGUUUGAAUGCUGAAAUAACAUCGUUACGACAGAGGUUGGAUCGUUCUGAUUCUGAUUUACUUCACUCUAAACGCGAGAACUUGAAACUUGCCGAUGAAGUUGCUUCCUUAGAGAAGGAGCUAACAUUAGGCGAGUUGAACAAGGAAACUAGACCAUCUAAAGAGUUGGCAAAGAUUAUUUCUGAUAUGGAAGACAAACAUGCCGCCACCGUGUCAGAGCUCGAGGGCAUGGUUCAAGAUCAAAAACAGCUCAUGGAAAAACUAACUGCGGAAUGCAAAAGCUUGACGCAUAAGUUAGAGGACACAACACUGAAACAUAAGCAGGAAAUAGACAUCCUCCAGAACAGUUUCGAUUACCUUUCUCAACGUAUUGAAACUAGUGCUAUCGGCUUGACACCCACCAACCAAGAUAAUCAAUAUGCUUCAUCAACUAAUGCUAACGUUAACGACAAUCGUUACCCUACUACAGAAUAUACUUCCCCUGUUGAAAGCUAUAACACUUAUCCUACUACUAACAUUAACGCUACCGCUGAAGUUGCUCCUAAUUAUUCAAAUCCAACUCCGAAUCAAUUCACGUCAAGAGAUGAUACGCAAUAUGAAGAUCCCAACACCGUGUCAGGAUCAGCUAGUAACACCAAUUAUCAAUCAAUUCGUUCAGCUCAACCAGCCGUGCAAUCACCGCCAGGUAAAGUCUCUCGGCCUGAAUCACGAACAUCCGAUCGGCAAAUUAUCAGCGGACGACAGCAAUCGGAACUAUCGCGAAACAGCUCUGUCAAUGAAUACAACGAACCUAGAAACAGUAAGUACACCGACGAGAAGCGAAGCGAAUCCCGAUUAUCAAGGGUAUCGAUCCCCAACGAGGAAGGCACUGCCAAGACGCUUGGUAAGGAGCCGGAGUCUGGACGUGCUGACACAGAACGAUCGUCCCGGAAUAGCGGCAGUGUAUCCGUUAAACAAGACAGCGCCGGAAGCACGGGUAGACUUUCCCGGGAAUCAAUUGGCAGUGUUGACCGCACUUCCAGACAAUCCACCAGACAGCCACAACCUGCUACAUAUAAUGAACCCGACAAACCCGUCCAAUAUGUAUCGGAGCACGCAGAAUCCGUGGGACAGUAUCAACCAACCUCAACAGACCAAUUCGCAUCACAACCGAGAAAUUCGGAUCAAAACUAUCAGCAAGCAGCACAGCAGUAUCAACCAUCGGGAGCAAACUACGUCGAAAGUUCUGAAUAUGAUACAUCCCAGUACGAUCCCUCCCAACAGUACGACCAGAGUCAAUACGAGGGAUACACAGGAGACCAGCAAUAUAUGCCGGAAACAUAUGACCAGCAAAUCUACGACCAGCAACAGUACCAAAAUUAUCAGCAACCAUAUGAAGCACAGCAAUACACCACUGAGCAAGUAUAUGAUGAUCCAAAGUACUCCUCCGGAAAUACAAUACAGUCCCCAACACAGCAGCCAGUAUCCACACCAUCAACCACACCAAUCACAUCGAAACAAACUGAAGGCAAUAGAAAUGUGGGGUACACUCGUCCCCGAGGAUCAACAACUACCACUGGUGGAUCAUCAAAUGGAUCUAAGCAAGUUGGACAGCAUAAACAGUCCUCAAACAAGUAAUAGUUAUUGUUGUAACAGUUUACCACGGCAGUUGCCUCAAGGUUGUCAUUUUAAACCUAUUGAUCCUUACCCUAGUCUAAGCAUUAGUAGCCCUAGUCUAUUUGGAACCAGUUCUGAAAAUAGUUUGACUCCAUCACC